CACAACUACAUCAUUAAGCACGAUGAUCUACUCCCCAUGCUUCAUAUCUGCAGCCUGGCGCUAAAUCUGGCAAAACAAUCGGCAAGAUCGGCAUCUAUCCAGUGUUGAUGACGAAGAAGAGUUGCGGCAAACAUGAGUGCGCAUGUUCUCUCACAGGGUGCCAUCCGGGCGUGUGGAAGCAAAGGCGCUGCAUCGUCGAAGAAGAUGGAGUACCACCGCUUCAACAGCUACUCGUCUUUGGACUCAAUUCAGAGCAACAGAGAGGAAAUUCUCUGCUAUGCCUGCUCUGGAGUGGGUCCUCCCCUUUUCCAUUCAACAGUUUGCGAAAAGUAUCCAUCUUCUCUUGAAACUACCCCUCGCACCUGUCUAGAGCGUCGCAGACAUAUUGGAUACUACAGGACUAAGGACUCCAAGUCGAAGUGGAUUUUUGGUGAGGUAUUAGACCCUCGAAACAGCACCAUUCGGCGCUACAACAAGUGGUUCCUGCUCUCCUGCGUGCUCGGGGCAGCUGUAGACCCUCUCUUCAUUUCAGUGCUCUCCAUCAACAAAGACCUUUCCUGUUUGUACGUACAAAAAGGAUAUGCAAUUGGAGUCACAAUUCUCAGGUGUAUGGUCGACCUUGUAUACAUAUGGCACAUGUGGCUUCAACUCAAAUUAGCGUAUGUUUCUAAGAAAUCCUUGUUUCUUGGGCAAGGGGAGCUUGUGUGGGACGCUCGCACCGUGGCAAUCCAGUAUCUGCGUUCUCUGCCACAGUUCUGGUUUGAUAUCUUUGUCAUCCUUCCUAUACCGCAGGUGAUGUUAUGGGUGAUUCUACCCAACCAAGUCGUGAAAGGUGGAGACACCACAUGGAUUAUGAACUAUAUGUUGCUCACCUUUCUAAUCCAAUAUGUUCCCAAAGUGCUGCGUUUCAUAUUCAUCGCCUGGCGUCUACAACAUGUCACCGGUUAUAUCUUUGGCAGUGCCUCCUGGGGGUUUGUGUUGAACCUGGCAGUCUAUUUCUGUGCUGCUCAUGUUGCGGGAUCAAUAUGGUACCUCCUCACAGUACAACGAGUUGAGAGCUGUAUCUACCUGCAGUGCAAAGGCAUGACCAACUGUCAGGUGAACUCAUACAUGGGUUGCCCGAACCCCAUUUCCUAUGGCGCUCAACCCUCAAGCGAUACAAACCGACUGGCUUGGGCUGAAGAUCCUGCAUUCGACUUCCAAUGCCUCAAAGGAGGAGCCCAUUCACUCACCGGCAACUUCAGCUUCGGGAUCUAUUCGCUCGCAGUGCCAAUUGUCCAAGACAUCCGUACUCCUAUAAACCGAAUCGUACUCCCUCUCUUCUGGGGUAUAAUGACAAUGAGCUCUUUCGGCAAUGCUUUGUCUCCCACACCUCACAUUGUCGAGGUCACUUUCAGCAUUCUUGUCAUCAUCUGCGGCCUGCUCUUAUUCACUUUGCUAAUCGGCAACAUCCAGGUAUUCCUGCACUCCACUACAGCUAGGAAGGUCAAGUCACAGCUACGCGCCCGUGACAUCGAGUGGUGGAUGCGGAGACGGCAGCUGCCCAAUGAAAUACGGCGUCGAGUGCGCCAAUACGAACGGCACAUGUGGGCUGCUACUCGUGGGAUCGAUGAGGUGGCCACUAUUCGGGAUCUUCCUGAGAGUCUGCGUCGCGAUAUCAAGCGCCACCUUUGCUAUGAACUCGUUCGCAAAGUGCCACUAUUUGAGCAAGUGGAUGAUCAAAUCCUCAACAUCAUAUGUGAACGCCUCAAACCGAAACUCUUCACCAAGAAUGAGACGGUCUUGAAUGAAGGCGAGCCAGUGAGACAGAUGUUGUUCAUAGUGCGAGGCAACAUAGGGAGCUCAUACCGGUUACGCCACAACAGGACCAGCAAAUGUGUGCUGGGUCCGAGUCAUUUUUGUGGCGAUGAGCUCAUCUCAUGGUGUCUCAGCAAGCCUCUUCGUGACAACCUCCCAUUAUCCACCACAACACUAACUACGCUUACAGUGACCGAGGCCUUUGCCUUGGACGCCCUGGACCUGAAGUACUUAACGCAACACUUCCAGCACAAGUUCGCCAACGAAAAUCUGAAGCGCGCCGUGAGGUCCCACUCCUGCAGCUGGCAAACUUGGGCGGCUGUGACAAUCCAACUUGGCUGGCGAAGGCACCGGGCACGGCUAUCACUGAGCAACACAAUAGCAACGACAACACCCGACCAUUCCUAUGCAGACGACCACUCCGAAACUGUGUCAAUCAAUGCCCAGCACGAUCCGUCAAGUCGCUUUCCCCUGACGCCUCCCCUUCGCGCGCAGCUGCGAUCGCUUCGCCUCUACGCCGCCAUCCUGUGCUCCCCGAAACCCAAAGAUUACCUCUCCAGCUGAUCCCCUCUCCUCGCCAACCCACACGCUGCUCGCACAUAGACAUACCAAGCAGCGAUGGGUUCAGCUACACAACAAACGGCGAACUGGGUAAUUGAGAUUCUGAAGCAGCUUAUUACCAAUGCCGUGCGCCAUGAGAUCUUCACCGCGUCGGCUUCGAUUCUCCUGUCGACGCCGCUGCUGGUUGUCUCGACAGUGUGUGAGCUGCGUGUGUCGUUCAGGUAUUCAUACUUGAAUGUGUAUGUGUGGUUUUAUUACAGGAUGGUACUCUCAUCCCUGUAUACCUCGUCCUGUUUCUGUCUGGCAGGAUGAUGUGUUGAUGAGGGAUGUGGUUUUACAGGCUUCCUUUUGAUGGUAACUUGCAUUAGGUUUCUGAAUCUGUGUUGCCUCUGUGCAACGAAAGUUUUCUUUCAUUGAUUUAAUUGUAGUGAGACUUUUUUUAAAAUAUAACGAUUGGGUGAUUGAAUUUGUUUCAUUUUAGAAGAGUAGUUCUGCCUGUAAUAUUCAUUAUUUACUGGAAAGAUGAAUUUUUUUUCUUCCUGUAA